AUGGCAAAUUCUGAAGGACAAUCAAAUGCAGACACUCAAGCGAUAUCAAAUCCUCAAGUAACUGAAGAAAAUCCAGAUCAAUCUGGCUCGUUCAGUGGGGACAAGCAGGAGGAAUUAGAGAUAUUCUUGGAAAAAUGCGAGUUUGAGUUAGCAUGCGCACAUGACCAUGUACAGGCUCGACUACUCCAAGGAAUACAAGUUAGACUGACAGGGAAAGCCUGCCAGGCAGUCAAGUUUAAGGAAAUACAAUUUUGGGCUGAACUAAAGGAAGCGUUGAAAUCUGCAUUGGAACCGCAGAGGACGACUACAUAUCUAUUCUCAGAGUUGUAUUCAACAAGACAGAAAAUCGGGGAAGACGUAACAAACUACGCAAAUAGGAUUGAGCAACUCCAAACACUCAUAAUAGAACAAGAGACAAGUGGGCACAGUUGGGAGGUAGCUCAAGUGCUAGGAACAAGCAUCAAAAAGCAAAGCAUCCAAGUAUUCGUAGAGGGACUAGGACCUCUAAAAGACUUCAUUAAGGCAAGGAAUCCAUUAACGUUAGACAGGGCCAUACAAGCAGCAAGGGAAGAAGAACGGGUCAGAAAAACACAAUAA